UUUCAGUGGCGUACUGCGCCGCUUGCCUCACAGAGCUACUGGUGGUCAGGGGGCUGCGAAUGUUAUCUGAUUUUCCAGAGAGGGGUUUGGAGCUGGACUAAAGAGGCUGGGACAAUAACAGGAAGCGGCCAGAGGAACGGCUGGGCUGGGCUGAUCACUUUUGCCAGUGGAGUGGCCUGAUUGUCCAGUGAGCAGCUCUGUUGGAGCUCAGACAGGUUCACAUGCAGCUGGAAACAGACACCGCUGACCUGAGGAUAUAACUCGACUUUCAAAUCAAAAGGGAUUUUCAAAUCAAGAACGACUGUUGAAGGGACCAAGACUCCGAUGAUGAAACUGUCUGCCUGGGGGCAGAUGACUGAGCCUGUAUGCUGGGCAGGUAUCCUGGUCGUUUUAUGUACCCUCAGCAUGGGAGCUGAUGUCCAGCAAGCUCUGAAAACACCCUCCAUGCCGAGCACAGUACUCCAAAGACAUAAGAGAGAUUGGAAAUGGGAUAAACUUUAUGUGUAUGAGGAAACACCUCCAAAAACCCCACCUGAAAAAAUUGGAAAGCUAGAGAAUACACUUUUCUCUGAGUCCACAAGAUAUAAUCUCUCUGGAGAAGGUGCUUAUGACAUUUUUUCUGUAAAUGACAAUGGGGAUAUCUUGGUCAAUGCAAUGCUGGACCGGGAGAAGAAAAGUACCUACACACUCUCAGCUUCAAUAAUCAACAUUAAAAACAGGAAGAUGAUGGACAAAGAUGAUACGUUUGUUAUAGUGGUCCUGGAUAUUAAUGACAAUAGCCCUGUUUUUCCACCUGACCUCUCUGGAUCUAUCAGCGAGUCCUCUAUAGCAGGAUCGAUAGUAAUGACAGUAAAUGCGACUGAUGCUGAUGAUCCCACCACUCAAAAUGGAAUGAUUGAGUACAGACUGCUAAAUGGGACAGACCUCUUCAACAUCAACAAUAAAGGUGAAAUCAUUACAUUGAGAAGUGACCUGGACCGUGAGAAACAGAGUCAGUACCUAAUUGCUAUACAAGCCAAAGAUAUGCCAAGUAUUAGGACUGGGAAUUCUGCUACUACCAUUGUGACCAUCAACAUUAAUGACAUAAAUGACAACAUUGCCACCUUCAAGAAAGGAAAAUACCAUUUUAAUGUGAAAGAAGACAGCGAAAUCGGAUUUAAAAUUGGCAUAUUAGAGGUGGAGGACAAAGACGAGACACAAAACAAAGAUCCUACUUUUACUAUACAACAUCAAUAUGAUGAUGAAAUGUUUGAAAUCAAACGAAGUAAUGAGAAAGAUGGAAUUCUUAGCCUCAAAGUGCCUCUUGACUAUGAAAAAGUAAAGACGUACACUUUUAGUGUAAACGUGGACGAGCACACAGUGUCUACAAAAACAGAUAACCAAGGACCAAACCUGCUGAAGAGAGCCGAAGUUUCCAUCAAUGUAAUUGAUGUUGACGAACCACCUGUUUUCAGCCAAACUGAAUACAUGUUCAGCAUCUACGAGGGCCCCUUCAAGAACCCGCGCAUUGGGGCUGUUUCAGCAAGGGAUCCAGAUAGUACCGGUUUCAAAAUACGGUACUCUAUUGAAGACCCAAACUGCCCUGUAGCUGUGGAUCCUGUUCAAGGACAUCUGUCUUUGAAGUGGCAACUGGACAGGGAGCAAGAAUCCUCAUACACAUUUCAGGUUACAGCACAAGAGGAUAAACCAAAUGGCCUAAAGUCCUAUGCAAUGGUUAAACUAAAGGUUCUUGACAUUAACGACAAUGAACCAGAACUAACUAAUGGGAGCUACGUGUAUGUUUGUGAGAGUGAUAAACCUGGAACAAUCAUUGGGACUAUUGGUGCCUACGACAAGGAUGAAAAUUCAGGCAGGUUCCGCUUCACCCUGGCGAAAAAGAGCUCAAACUUUUCCCUUCAUGAUAACCAAGACAACACUUCGAGCAUUGUGCUGAAGCAAGGAGGUUUCAGUACAGAGCACUCAGUGGAACAUGUGCUCGAAAUCGAAAUCGCUGAUGGAGGUACACCAGAAAAGAGGAGCAUUAACCUACUCCAGAUUAAAGUGUGCAAAUGUCAGCCGGGACGACGGAUGGAGUACUGUAUGGCCUACGCCCAGACCGGAAUGAGCGUCAGCGCCCUCUUAGCCAUUCUUCUCUGCAUCGUCACCAUCCUGGUCAUCGUCAUCCUCAUUGUGUUGCGGAGGCGCUAUCAGAAUGACGUUUUGGUCACCAAGUCGUCUGGCGAGAUCCACGAGCAGCUGGUGAGAUAUGACGAAGAGGGCGGUGGAGAGAUGGACACAAAUGGUUAUGACGUCUCCAUCCUGACCUCCGCCUGUCACGACAGCAGCUUUCGGCCUGGCGUGGGGCCUUCGCUUUAUGCUAUAGUGAAGAAACCUCCUGCUUGUAAGGGUGACAUGGCCAUGAUGAUCGAGGUGAAGAAGGAUGAGGCGGACCAUGACCGUGAUGGGAUUCCCUACGAUACUUUACACAUCUAUGGUUAUGAGGGAUCUGAAUCCCUGGCCGGUUCCCUCAGCUCUUUGGACUCGUCCUCCAGUGGAUCCAAUUUGGACUACGACUUCUUAAAUGAGUGGGGACCUCGUUUCAGGACCCUGGCUCAGCUCUAUGGAGUAGACGGCUCUGAUACCGAUAGCUCCUACUGAUCCUGAAGCCCAUUGUCAUCAGGUGAUCGUCCUAGGAAGACACAUGGAGACUGCUGUCUUCUCUUCAAGGGAAUUUUUGUAAGGGUCCCUUUAAGAAAGUGAUUAAGACGUGCCAAUACUUGUUUCCUUCAAGCAUUGUUAUGAAAUUAUGAUGAGCACUACUACUGUAUUUGUAAUUUUCAUAGAAUAAGUGUAUGUUGGUAGAAUAACUUGCCUUGGUAUUUUAGACUGGUUUUUGUCUGCUGGAAUUUUAUAAAACAGCAUUGGACACUGGUUGGACAAACUCACUUUUAGGCUCUAUUAUCUUAAUAGCAGAUUUGAAUUUGUGUUAACACAAUAUAUGUGUUCUUUCUUGCUCACCAUUUUGUGGAUGAUUUUUUUUUUCUUAUUGCCUAUAUUGUAUUACUCAAUCCAAUCUCAUGAAAAGCGUAACCAUUUUACUUUUUGGCAAAUUGAUAAAGAAUUUGUAUGAAUUAGUAUGAUAAGAUUCGGGUGAAAACAUUACCCACCCCUAAACCUAACUGUCAGGGAGUGGUAAAUAGACCGCAUGAAAACAUACAAUUACAAAUGAGAUCAUACAAAUUAAUACAAAUUUGC